UGUGUUUGCUAUACGUUUAACAGUCACAAAAUCCGAAUACACAAUAUACACAAAUUUUAAUACGCUUUGGACAGUACUGGAAAUGAAAGUGAUCAGGGCCAGGGACAUUGUGGACGAGCCGAGCUUGGUGGCCCCGCAUCCGUAUAUAAACUUUUUGCGCUUCUUGAAGCGCAAGAAUCCUCGCUACGGACUGCUGCGGCUCCUUCAGGAGGCGCCCACUCUCUGGGAUGCGCUGACAGUUGCCAAGCAGAGGCUGUUUGAAAGAGAUCGCAUCUUGAAACGCCUCACUCGACGCAUUGCUCGUCGUCUUCGACGCCAGCGUCGGUUAUUGCGCCGCAAUCGACGCCUGGCCCGCAACGGGCAUGCUCAGGUGCGACGCCCCAUCUACAAGAGGCGCCCAACGGCCGGGAGCAGAAGGCGCAAGAAUGUUCGGAAUGGCUCUUAGCUUCUGGUUUGUGCACCUGUUGCAAGCGCGUUUCGUUCAUUCGAUGCACAAAAAAAAUCCGAAUUAGUCACUCUGCCCUGCGACAGUUUUCUCUUUCAGUUCCAGUUUCAUUUGAAAUCUAACGUGUUCUGCUUUGGUCGACUGACUGACCCACAAGAACUAAUUAGCUAUUAAUAUGAGCUUAAGGCUGCCAGGGGUCAAGCGUCGAGCAAAUUAGCCGUACUUUAUUCAGUUUUCUGAGUCUCGUGCCCACGGCAAAGGUUGCCUUUUUCGGAACCAUAAUUUGAAGGCGGUGCUGCUGUUGCUUUGAUUAUGCGAACGCUCUGAUGUCACUUUCACUUUUUGCACUCUUUCUUGGAGCUGGAGAAGAAGGGACUGGAGGGGAACAAAGCAUUUCCGGUCGUUGCUUCGGAUCUGAUGCCACGAUCAGAGUCGGGCAAAGCUUCUGGGGAUUGACUGCUCGCCACCUGGGAAACCACUCAUGAAUUGUUAUAUAUUUAAAACAAAUGCAAACACACACAUCACACAUACAAAAAUAAGCAAGUCUUUUUGCCUUUUUGCUUCGAUUACGUCACCCUCUCAGAGCAACCAUAAAAGGUCUGCUUUGGCGACCUACGACCUCCCUUUGUCUCUUGGUCAAUUUGUAGCGCUAUCUCCGGAUUUCAAAUACAAAUUUUGAGCUAGUCACCAUU